GAGCUGAGCCACCGUAGUGCGGGGCCUGGCAGACCAUGGGUUGGGGGCCCGGGGCCGGGGUUGGGGUCCUGGCGUUGGCCGCCGCCGCCUGUCUCGCCCUCAGGCUGUUUGUGACCGUCAGGAACCACAAGCGGCGCGUGGCCGGGGAGCGGCGCCCGGUCCGUCUGCUGCUGGUGCUCGGCUCCGGGGGUCACACUACAGAGAUGCUGAGGCUGGUGAACAGCCUUUCCCCAUUAUAUGCUCCAAGACAUUAUGUCAUUGCUAAUACAGACAAGAUGAGUGAAGAGAAAGUCCGCAUCAUUGAAGCAGCUAAAAAUGAAAAAGAUACUGAACCUCAGUACACCAUUCAUCGGAUUCCUCGCAGUCGUGAAGUUAGACAAUCCUGGAUUUCUUCAGUGGUCACCACUGUGUACUCAAUCCUCUAUUCCAUCCCAUUAGUAUUCCAACUGAAACCAGACAUGGUGAUGUGCAAUGGACCAGGGACGUGUGUGCCACUCUGUCUAUCCGCUUUGUUGCUUGGAAUAUUCGGAAUAAAGAAAGUGCUGAUUAUAUACGUGGAGAGCAUCUGCCGAGUGGAAACGUUGUCACUUUCGGGGAAGAUACUGUACUAUUUGUCAGAUUACUUUUUUGUCCAGUGGUCGACUUUAAAGGAGAAAUAUCCCAAAUCGAUUUACCUUGGAAGAAUAGUCUGAACUACAAGAUAAAGACUGAGAAGAUUGGGGAGGUAACAUUUCUGAGGGCGUCAGGAACCAACAACUGUGCACAAUGUACAUUCCAGAGCACAAAUAUUUGACCUGAUCUCUUUAGAAGAAAAAAAAGGAACUGAUAGGAAAAUUGCACAAAACACGUACAAUGUCUGUGGGAAGGAACGCAUUGAAGAAUGUAGUCUCCAGACUCCCUAACACCAAUAGAAUAAAAUGUUAGUCAAAUACAUCCAUGGAGUGUGAGGGAGUCGAUUCACUUUAAGUGAUUUUGUAAAAAAAAGUCACUGUUAGCUGUUUAAUCUACUUAGAUUUCACAGUCUCCCCCACUGCAAACGACUAGUGAUGACUUAAAAACAAAUAUUUGUCUUCACUGCUCCUCUCUCUCCCUAAUACAAGAUUUGUUUCCCUUCUCAUUUUUCUUGCCUGUAAUUAAGCAGCAAAAUAUGAAGUUUCUUCCAUGGCGGUCUGCACGUUUAUUUGAUGGAAACUGUUGGUUCAAGUGCUUGUCUUUCGAUCUCUCUCGCGCAUUGCUCCUGAUUACAUAGGAGUGCCAGCAGAAAUAUUAUCUUUUUGUAUGUUUUAAUUCUAUAUUCGUGUAUUUCAGACUUCAAUAACAUGCUGUUACCUGAUCUCAGCUAAGGCGCUACAAUUAAUUUCAGCACUCUGGGUGAAUGAGGAGGAAAACAGCCAAGGUUCCCAGACUUGUACUCUAAAUAUUUAUAACUUGCUGUUUAUUCUCACACAAGUUAUCCUAGCCUCUGCUUCAUGUGCUGUAUUUCUGAAUCUAUUUUUCCUCUUUGUAUGUUUUCUUUCUCUCUGUUAAUCCUCUGGUUCUAAUUUGCUAAUCCUGUAUUGUUUUUCCCUCCACUGUUUUUACAUUGGUUUUCCUCCUCCUGUUCUAUGGUUUCUCUUUACUCCUCCCACUUCCUCUCACCGAGUUCUUUUACCUUUGAUUCUUUUUAGUCACCGUUGCUAUGAAUCCAGCAACAACAAAAUAUCAGCCUAGAUUUGUGCAGCUCUAAUGGGUGCUGGAAACCCUAUAGAGCGAAUAACCCCAAGAAUCCCUCCCCGUAUCCACCUUGGCCCAGGAAUCCUGAUUAAAAUAACAGAAUUCAGUGGAUUGUUGAGACCAUGAUGUAAAAGUUGUUAUUCAGUAUUGUGUGAUAGGAAAAACAGCUUACCCUCUCUCAGGUUUCAUUUCUGUGCUCCAGACUAUUGUCCCCUUUAGACUGGAGAAAGAUCUAUGGUGGUGAGUUGACUUGCAAGGAAAGUUUUUUCUUGAGGGGAAAAAAUGAAAGAGCAAAGACUCGUAUUUAUGUUGAGUUUAGGUAUUGUAUAAAUACUGGUUUGGAAGUCGGUUCUGAACUGGGCAGUGUAUCAAGCUCCAAGGAAUGAAUUUGAACAGAAUGCAACAAUAAUUCACGUUCAGCGGCCAGCUUCCUUCCUUUCAUAUAGUGUUCCCCAGCCAUUGUAAUCGUAACUUAAAUAUAUAGUGUGCAGAUUCCUACCAUGACCCCGAUGUAUCACACUUUGGAAUUUAAACUCUACCAAAAACAUUCAUCUGAAUUCUGAAUUGACACCACCACAAGUUAAAAUUUUAAAAAGCUUCAGCAACGAAAGCAGAUUUCCUUUGCUAAAAGUGAUUGAUACCUUCAGCAGGAGCCGUCUGCAAUCCAUUCUGGAACUUAAAAGACAAUAUAUUUAUCUUUUAUGGCAGUGUACUUGUGAAUGUACAAAUAAUGAACACGGUUGGAAUUCAUUUUCAAAACAGUUUCUAAACUGCCUCGUUCUAAAUCAUGGCAAAAAAAUGUCUCCUUUGAUAACGUUUCUGACAAGCUGCUGGAAGCAGAAAAGCUCUGUAACUACUGCACAAUUAAAAAUUAACGCAUCUGAGCUUUAAAUGUAAUAAAUUAAUUAUGUCAACUAAUAUAAUGAAAUUAUUAUUGGCUAUAAAUUAUGCCUGAAAUCCAUCAUUCUAUGAAGUCAAAUGAUGGAUUUCAGAUCUUCCCUGGCCCACACAUGCAUGUUCCAGUGACAAUUCUGCAUUUGGUAAUAUGGGCACGAAAUGGCCUGGGAGAUUCAAAAGGUAAUUAUUGUCAUAAAUUAUUUUAUGUCUCUAAACUCUCUUUACAAUUAUCACAAUGGUGUACGAUAAUUUGGCAGCACGACGUUUAAUCCCCCGAGAAUGCAAAUAAUGAGAGUUUUUAUUUCUGGUGAUGGUUUGAUUGUGAAUGUUAACUCAUCAUCCUUUCCCAAGAUUCGUUAAGAGAAUACUAUUUAGUAUUUCUUUUAAGAAUAGAUGAGCUCCAUAUCAUCCAUGAGGGAACUUUGCAUUUAAUAAUUUUUACUUUUAAACAAAAGUUGCAAUUCAGCAACCUCUUAGUAUAAUUGGAUUAUUUUAAGAUUAUUCCCAAAGUGUUUCCUUGCAGCAAAUAAUUUUGGUAAAUGUUCCUGACUUUUUAGUUUGUUGUGAUUUGCAACACUGGAUCUAAAUUUGUUAACCCUCAAACUGCUACUUCUGCAUUUCCGCUAUGUCCUGUUAUAGAUCUCAAUGUUCAGUGUGUUCUUGGAGAAGAGUUCAUGGCACCUCCAAGGGUGAGAGAAGGGAGAGUGUGUUUGAAUGGCUCUAAAUGUGAGAAGAACGGGAAUGGCUCUGAGUGCAAGAGGGUUCUGUGUAAAACAGAAUUAAUGUAAUGAGCAAGAGCAAGUGUGACAAACGAGAGCAGAUAUGUGGAACAAGGGCAAUGUGAGCAGCUCUUUGUGCGAGAGAAGUGAGAGUAUGAACGAAUCAUUGUGCCAUUACCUUCCUGAUCAACGAGACCAACCACCCACUAUUGAGAGUACCAACAGCACAAGGCCAUCUGGGAUGCAUCUCUACAUGAAUUACGCUUUAUAAAUCUAAGUUGUUAUUAAGAUGGAAAUGUGCAAGCGAGUGUCAUGGACAGUAUUGAAAAGAUAUACAGAGAAGGGAUAUUGAGGGUACAGAGACGUUAAGUGGGGGAGAGAAAACCACAAUGACACAGACAAACAGAAAAUCAUUCACAAAAUAUACCUGCGCUCGCUACCAACAGAAUUCAUUUCCAGAUAAGCAUCUUCCCUAUUGUCUGUCCUGGGAUAAAAUAUUUUACUGUAUAUAAAUAAGAAGGUGCUGAUUUGAUGUUAAUAGUUUUAAUACAUGUAGAUCAUUGAAAUGGUUCAACAAUAAAGACCUUGAAUUAUUGGA